GGUCCCCCCCCCCCCUGCUCUGAUGGCAGUUGAGGACAAAAAAAAAAUGACUGAGACUCAGACUUCCCAAGAUUCUUGGCACUCGUUACCAUGAAACGUUAUUUUAAUCAACCUGAUGUCACCGGGGAUGGCAUACCCAUUACAAGUUUCAUUUAUAAGAUAUAUUUACACAUAGAUGGCUCCACAAGUACUAAGUCACCAAUAAGCCAGUUACUGGUACUACAUCUAACACCAGGUUACCCGUUUCCUAGAUUUUCAGAAACACUUUCUUUUAUCCUAUAUUGCUGUUAGUAUUGUCAAUAACAUAAUAAUAAUAAUAGUGUCUAUAAAAAUGAUGGAGUAUAAACAUGGAUAGCUUUUAUAAAAAAGAAAAUGGAAAUGUUUAUAUGUUAUUACAGUAUUGCACCUAGCUCUGAUACAUAAAUAGAUGUUACAAUAAGUAGCUUGUUUCAUGAUGUAAGAUCCUGCCUAGUGUACCUCAUUAUCAGAUGCAAGAAUGCAGCUUCAAGGCACAAGAUUUGCUGGCACGUAACAAAAUCUGGAAUGUCGGAGAGUUUAAGAUGCAUAAUUUGGUCCUUUUGCACAGCUAUUGGCAUCUCCUGAUACUUCUGUCAAGACAGUUAAUGGCUCUUACAGCCAAGUCUGUCAGGAAUUACACCACCAAUACAUGUAAAGUUCUGGGCAACUUUGGUGUCCUCUCGUCAAACAUGCUUUGACUGGGCCAUUAAAUUCAUUUUGUGGCUUGUAAGCUGCAAUUAGUGACUCUCCAUUUAGUAAAUAUUUUGUAAAUUAUAAUCAAAAUUCUAGUCAUAGAGAGCGGGAGAGAAGAAAACUAAAUUUUACCAAGCCCUUUUCUGUGAAGGAAGUGUCUUACUGUAAUUACAGCCUAAAUGGCAGUUCUCAUAUUGCACACAGUCCACCAAAGUGGCUUUCUUGUAAAGACUAGUAAAUAUCCCUGAACUAGGCAACUUGCCUAACCACCAAAACCUUGGAUGUUGCCUAACCACCAAAACCUUGGAUGUUAGGCUUGAUCCAGGAGACCUUACAAGCCAGGUGUACUGCCUCACUCCUAAAUGCAUUAAGAGCUGCCAUUAGAGUCGCCAGUGAAUCAGAUGGAAUGGUGCCUCGCCAUCUAAGUCAAGGCAGCUGGUAUAUGAUUGAUCAUCCUAUACUAAGUAACAAGUGGAGAUACAGAACUGUGAACAGAAUGGCAUCUAUCAGUUUCCCUCACAAUCUUACUUCAGCCAAGGAGGCACUGAAGAAAUUUUCCAGGAUGGCCUACUCGGUAGAACAUUUAGAAAAGUUCCAGAGAGCUAUCAGUAUUGUCUAUGGGGCAGAAUAUAUUGUUGAGACAGAUUGUCUUGGUCGAAUUAUAUUUUGUUGCAAAAUAUGUCAUAAAUCAAUGAACAAUGAAGCUGCCUUGGCUGAGCACAGUCGAUCAGAUUUUCAUCACAAGAAUCUUGACAAGAAAAUGCAAGACAAGGGAUUCAAAGUCAAAGCUUGCUUUAAUUUUCCUUCAACCUCUCUGCACUUCAAACUUGCUAACAGUAUACUGAAACCUUUGGGCCUGCAGAUGAUAGAGGAGUAUACUCAGGGUUGUGGACCGUCUUACUACAAGUGCAUUUUGUGUGCUGCACAUGGGAAAAUUGAUCCAAUGUACCAUCAUGUGAUAGGAAAAAAUCAUACAGAGAAAUAUAUUCGUUGGAGAUGUUUCCUGAAGGAUUCCAGUCUGACCUCUGCAGAAAGGGAGGAGAUCCGACAAAAAUUUAUUAUUGAGGAGGGAGUAGACUACACACAGAUUAAGGUUAUCAAAGGUAAAACAUAUUUUCCCCAUAAAUGGAAGGCACAAGGCAGGCCAGCACAAAGACCCAAAGCUGAAUAUUUCCCAGAGUAAGACCCUCUUCUGACAAUUUUUGUUAUUUUUCAUUGUUUUUAUUUGUAUUGUUCAACUAGAGCUAAGGCUAGCACAUGGCUUUUUUUCAUCAUUCUCUUUCUUUUAUGUGUCAUUUGUAAACCAUUGAGAACAAGUGAUAGAUCCUCUAUUGCAUGACUGCAGAGAAUUGUAAGACAAAGAGCAGUGAAUCUGCCAAGUAUGAAUUUUUGUCCUUGAUUUAGAAAACAUGUUAUAAAUCACUGAUUAGCAGAUAGCUAAUAGUUUUGGAGUAGGGGAUACUGUAGGUGCUAGAGAAGCAUGAUCUGAAUGGUGCCACAAUAUAACUAACCUGAUGUAUUAACCCAUAUGAGCCAGGAUCUGAAUCAUUCGCGGGCCUGCCCAGUCUGGGCACAUCCUUCAGUGCCAGGAUGCCACCCCGGCGCGAGUGAGCAUACCUCAUUCAGCACGGCGAUUGGCAUGUCUGUCUGACCAUUUUAUCAUGUUAUUUUAAAGCCUAUUGGAAAGGCUAACUUGGAGCUGUGUAGAUACAAAGUGACUUUCCUUAUCUGUGUUUUUCAUGUUCAUUUUCUAAUUUUGAUACUCUUGAAAAUCAUGUUUCUUUGAAAGAAGUGGACAUCAAUUAAGGAUUUAUGGCUUGCCAAAAAUGACGCUCUCAGACUGUGAAAUGGGGAUAUGGAACCAUAGUUUUCUUCCUCUCCUUCUCUUCUCCUUCUUCUUCUUCUCCUCCUCCUCCUCCUCCUUCCUC